ACCUUUUUUAUUAUUAGUAUCAUUGGAUGUAGUUAUUCAAAAAGUUGCUCAAAACGGUCUUGGAUCUGAGCUGAUUCUUUAUUCGUAACGUCUUUUGCAUUUAGUACAUAAGUAUUACAGAUAAUUUUAUAAAUAUUUACCUGUAAACAUGAGUUCUAGGGAAGAAGAUAAGCAAUAUAUCCCAGAUGUAAUUUCAGAUAACACUACUGGAAUAUCUUACAGAAAAGGACGGUUUUUUGGGAAGGGUGGAUUUGCAAAAUGUUACGAGAUAACCGAUCUGAACACAAAACAUGUUUAUGCUGGGAAAAUUGUUUCAAAGAAACUUAUGUUGAAACACAACCAGCGAGAAAAAAUUACCCAAGAAAUCACCAUUCAUAAAAGCUUGAAUAAUAAACAUGUUGUUGGAUUCCAUAGCUUUUUUGAAGACAGCCUCAAUGUGUACAUUGUCUUGGAAUUGUGUAGGAAAAGGAGCAUGAUGGAGCUCCACAAGCGCCGCAAGGCCCUGACGGAGCCGGAGGUGCGCUACUACAUGCAGCAGAUCCUGGAGGGGGUGGCCUACCUGCACAAGGAGCGCAUCAUCCACCGCGACCUGAAGCUCGGCAACCUGUUCCUCGACGACAGCCUGCAGGUGAAGAUCGGGGACUUCGGCCUGGCCGCCAAGAUCGAGUUCGACGGAGAGAGAAAAAGGACUUUGUGUGGCACUCCCAAUUACAUAGCUCCAGAAAUCCUGAGCAAAAAGGGACACAGCUUUGAAGUUGAUGUUUGGUCGAUCGGAUGCAUAUUGUUCACUUUGCUUGUGGGAAAACCCCCGUUUGAAACAAGCUCGUUGAAAGAGACGUACAACCGCAUCAAGAAGUGUGACUACUCGAUUCCCCCCAGCUGCAAGAUAUCUGCACCUGCGUUCAGGAUGAUUCAGAGCACAUUGCAGAUAGACCCGCGUCUCCGGCCGACUGUUCAUCAGCUUCUCAACCACGAGUUCCUCACGACUGGUCUGAUACCACCUGAACUGCCUGUCUCCAGUCUGACUGUGGCUCCUCGCUUUGACAGCUACGACAAGAAUCCGAGGAAGCCACUUCUGGAAGUCAACGGAAACAGUUCCAACAUCAGUCCACUUGGCGAAGAAGUGGAGGAUGCCGCGGCAGCCCAUGCACGUGAGAACUUGUUGAAGUUGAAUGCGAAACUGCAGCGAGUUGUGGCUGUGAUUGCGAGCAAUGCAAUAAACAACGUCGAACUGGGAGACGAAUCAACAGACCCUGCAGCUCAGCCAUUGGUCUGGAUAAGCAAGUGGGUGGACUAUUCAGACAAAUAUGGCUUCGGUUACCAGCUCUCGGACGAUGCUGUGGGGGUGAUGUUCAACGACAGGACAAAAAUUGUCAUGCUGCCCAAUGGCCUCAACGUGCACUACAUCCAGCAGAACGGGAAGGAGUCGUACCACACGAUGAACGAGUACCCCGGCCGCCUGGACAAGAAGAUGAAGCUGCUGACGUACUUCCGGCGCUACAUGAGCGAGCACCUGGUGAAGGCGGGCGGGGCCGUCGCGGUCCGCGAGAGCGACGCCCUGAGCCGCACCCCCCACCUGCAGGAGUGGUUCCGCACUUCCUCGGCCGUCGUCAUGCACCUCACCAACGGCACUGUGCAGAUCAACUUCACCGACCACACCAAGAUCAUUCUUUGCCCCUUGAUGUCUGCGGUCACGUACAUCGAUGCAUCGAGGGGUUUCCGCACAUUUCGGUUCUCGACGAUCGAGCAGCAAGGCUGCAGUCUUCAGCUGUUCAACAGCCUUAAGUACGCAUGUGACAAGAUAAACAUGAUACUGAAGUCCGGCGCCACUUGUGCGGAGCAGAGGUAACGUGCUGCAGUUUUUGCAACUUGUCUGUUGGCUCUGCUAUGUAAUAGCGUGAGGGGAGGGUGGAUUAGGAGUUACGCGAACUAGGUGAAAUCAAGUGUCUUUUGAAGGUUAGCGCUUAAUGGAAGCAGAUUGUGCUGAUACUGUUCGCAACUUUUAAGUGGGUUUUUUUUGUCACCUGAAGUAUUGUUUUUGUACCAUUUUUUUUUUUUUUUUGCACUUGAUUAUCUUUUAAUAUUUUGUUAUCUUAAAUUUUAACUUGUGAUUGAUUUGAUAAGACCAAGAGGAUACGUUUUAUUGGUUAUAUUUGGAAGGAUUAAAAACUUUGUGUUUUUUUUUAAUUGUUUUUACACAUUAGCAUGCCAUAGGCCAUUUUUACAUUAUGUAUUCUUGUCAAAUUGAUGCCUGUAUAAUAGAAGAUACAAAUGUAUGAAGUUACAAACAAACAUUUUUAAAUUUGUUAGUUAGGUGAAAUGACUUGUGUUCAUACUGUGCUCAUUUGAUAUUCUCUUUGGUUUCAUGGAUAACUUCAGUUCCAAGUAUUUGCUUGUUAAAUAGUAUGUUUUAAGAUCCAAAAUAAAUGGAACAGUUGUUAAAUGUAUUAAUUUUAAUAAAUUCCAUUAUCUACCAAUUUCUGCUAGAAAUGUAAGCUGUGAAUCAUUUGUAAUGAUGGCGUUUGUCCAUUCCAGUUGUUCAUUUUAUAAUUUCCAUAAGUUAUUAUUAGUUUUCUUGUAAUGUGUUUUGAUAAGAUUAAAGCCAUAAUAUUUUGUAAAAAAAAAAAUAGUAAAACAGUUGUACUUUUUUUUUACGUAUUAAGAACAUGAUUUAAUUUACUCUUCUAUAAAUUUAUCUGCUAGUAAAUACUGUUAGUUGAUAAACAGUGUUGUGAUUUUCAAAAUUAAUGUGGUAUUUAUUGUCUUUGAUAUUUUUUAUUUUAUUGUGUUGACCUAAAAGUGAUAAUAUAGCUGAAGUGAUUAAAAUAGUUUUCUUUUUCAUGCAAGUUCAAUAUGUAUUAUGUAGUGAUGCACCGAUUAUGCAGCCGGUUAAUCGGCAACUGCGAUUAUUGACCCAAUGCCGAUUAAUCGUAAUCGGCGAUUACCAUGUUAGUUUAUAACCGAUUGCCGAUUAUUGUAAACAUUUUUGCUGAAACCCAUACAAUUUGAAAGAAAAGAAAAUACAUUUAAAGUUUAAACCUUAAUAAGUUCUUGAAUUGAAACUACAAACGGCUGAAAUCUGUUAACGAAUAUGACCGUGGAAGGUAGGGAAUGUCAACGUCUCAAUACUGUUAGAUAAACAGUGUUGUGAUUUUCAAAAUUAAUGUGGUAUUUAUUGUCUUUGAUAUUUUUUAUUUUAUUGUGUUGACCUAAAAGUGAUAAUAUAGCUGAAGUGAUUAAAAUAGUUUUCUUUUUCAUGCAAGUUCAAUAUGUAUUUUGUAGUGAUGCACCGAUUAUGCAGCCGGUUAAUCGGCAACUGUGAUUAUUGACCCAAUGCCGAUUAAUCGUAAUCGGCGAUUACCAGGUUAGUUUAUAACCGAUUGCCGAUUAUUGUAAAAUUUGUUGCUGAAACCCAUACAACUUGAAAGAAAAGAAAAUACAUUUAAAGUUUAAACCUUAAUAAGUUCUUGAAUUGAAACUACAAACGGCUGAAAUCUGUUAACGAAUAUGACCGUGGAAGGUAGGGAAUGUCAACGUCUCAAUACUGUUAGAUAAACAGUGUUGUGAUUUUCAAAAUUAAUGUGGUAUUUAUUGUCUUUGAUAUUUUUUAUUUUAUUGUGUUGACCUAAAAGUGAUAAUAUAGCUGAAGUGAUUAAAAUAGUUUUCUUUUUCAUGCAAGUUCAAUAUGUAUUUUGUAGUGAUGCACCGAUUAUGCAGCCGGUUAAUCGGCAACUGCGAUUAUUGACCCAAUGCCGAUUAAUCGUAAUCGGCGAUUACCAUGUUAGUUUAUAACCGAUUGCCGAUUAUUGUAAAAUUUGUUGCUGAAACCCAUAAUUGUAAAAUUUGUUGCUGAAACCCAUACAACUUGAAAGAAAAGAAAAUACAUUUAAAGUUUAAACCUUAAUAAGUUCUUGAAUUGAAACUACAAACGGCUGAAAUCUCUUAACGAAUAUGGCCGUGGAAGGUAGGGAAUGUCAACGUCUCGGCGUGUACAUAGAUACACUCGCCUAAUAAUAUUUGCUUGUUUCGUGAAUUGUGCUCGUACAUACAAAACUGCCCCGUUUACUAUUUACAGUAUUUACCCCUUUCAAUUCAAUUACUUACUGUACAAUUUAUCCUGUUAAGUUAACGUCAUGAAUGGUAUUAUUGUCACAAUAUUUACCAUGGCCACAGCCAAAUCACACACGUGAUUUCUUCACACAAAAUAUUUAGUUAAGAAAAUAAAUGCAUUUUUAAAGCUGUCACAAUUCACCAUAUGGCAUAUGUUACUUAUAUUAGGAAAUGUAAGUCUGAAAAAAAAAAAAUUGGACAUGGUAUUGUAGAAACGAUGCGCCUAACUAAUUUUCACUGCGUACCGUAUGUCGGCCAUGUUUGUUAUGUAUGAUGUGAGGUUGGAACGGACAACACGCACAAAUACACAAUAGCGCCAUCGGUUCACAUUCCACUGCCGCUACAUAAUUCCCCUUCUCAAAGGAUUGUGAAAAGUAGGCUCACGUGAUGCUAAUUAGUAAUUAAUACUGAAAUGGUGAUUAUUUGGCAUUUUUUUAGAUUUAGUUCUUUUUAGUCAUUAAUGGGAGUUUCUAAAAUAAAAUACCAAAUUGCAACCAUAAUGUUUGCACAAGUGACGAUCAGAAUUGAAGUUGGCAACACUGCAAUAGUAAUUCAUGAAUAUUGAAUACUGCAGUUUUUUUUUCGUAGACAAUGGCCAUUAACGUAAACACAUUGUAGUUUAGCUUUGUAUUUUGAUUGUUGAUCAACAUAAUGACGUCUUCAAGAUCGAAAAAUUAACAUAUGGAAAUUUUUCUCGGUGGAUUUAAUGAGUGAAUCUAAAGCAAAAUGCUUAAUAUGUGGAACAUUCAUCUCACGAGGCAGUUGCGGGAACCGGAAGUCGUACACAACUACAAACAUGUGGAACCACGCAUAAAAAAUUCAUUCCAGUGAAGUGAUUUCAGAAAAAAUAAAUAAAAGUUGGGAAAGUGAAGUAGAUGAUCCUGAUGUCACUCCUAGACCACCUGUAAAACGUGCACUGUCACAAACAACACUACCAGCCAUGGUAUCAAAAAAAAAUAAAGUACUUGCCCACGAAUCUAAGAGCACAAGAAAUGACUCGAGCUGUUGCAGAAAUGAUCUGUGUUGACAUGCAGCCAGUCGAUAUUGUCAACAACAAGGUUUUAAGCUACUAAUGGAGAAAGCAGUACCAAAGUAUGAACUUCCUUCCAGGAAACAUUUGAUUACUGUAGUUAUACCAUCUAUGUUUGAGGAUGUUAAACGACGAGUAAAAACAGAACGGCGUUCAAGUAGGAAUAUUUAGUAAAAUACUUUGUUUUUUAUUUCAACUUUAUGCAAAAACUGAUAAUCGGUAAUCGUAAUCGGUAAUUGCAAUUAUUAGUGUAAUAAUAUGUAACUGGUAAUCGUAAUCGGCAAAGUAUAAUCGGUGCAUCACUAGUAUUUUGCAAGCUAUAAAAAUUAUCAGACAGUAUUGCAACCAACAGAUUGCUGUUCAUCACGCAUUAAUUUUGUACUGCUGCCAAGCAAAAAAAUAAAUACGUAUUAAUUGCAAUCAAUGCUAGGAGUAAAUUAAAUGUAUUAAAGUUUGUUUGAUAUUUAAAGCUAUGUUGAGAAGGUGUAAUUGGUAUUUAUAGUAUGGUUUUGCUUUGCACACCAUGUUAUUGCAUUUUCAUGCUAUUAUUGUUAUCUAGGUUUCUUAUUCUGUUUUAUUAUAUAAGCAUUGUAUUUUGUAUUCUUAGGGAAAUUGUUUCUUCAAAUAUAUACAGUGAAACCUCGAUUCUACGUACAUUCACGGUUCUCCAAAUUCUCCAAAAUUUGUUUGUCCUUACGACCGAGUUGUACGUACGAACCAGCGAGGCCAAAUUACGUCCAUUUGUGGCUAUCCCCCCCCCCCCCCCUACCCCAUAUUUCUCGCCGCGGGAAAUGAACUGCCGUUGCCGUAUCCUGCUGCCACGGGAAAUGACCUGCCGUGUCAAUAUAUUAUGCUAAUUUUUUUUUUGAAUGAGCUUAUAUCCUAUUUGUGCAGAAACAACACUUGAGCUAAUUGAAAGUAAAAAUAAAAAUAAAAACUUGACACUGAAGGCAGUGACGUAAGCCCCGUGUUUACAUUUUUUAAUAUUUUAUAUCAAUAAAAUAUUAAUUAACACACAAUAUAUUUGCUCAAAUAAAAAAAAUACCGUGGGUACUUUAAGUGUAAAUAAUAUUAGCUAGUAGGCCUAAAAACAUUGUGAAAAACGUAACUUUAUAGUCGGCAAUGAACAUUUUAAAUCGCAAAAUAUACAUAUUUUAUAACAUGACAAGUUGCAUUUAUUUCUAAACAUGUAAUAAUUUAAGUCUUAUGCGAGUAAAAGUCCGAGUAAUUAUAGCAGGAGACAAUCUAAAAUGCACGAGGGAAAAACGUAAACUCACGAAUGUAUAAACGUUACGGGAAUAUUACGUGGCUGUUUGUCUGAUACUGUAUUUGUCACAACUUAGCCGAAAUACUGGUACGAGACAUAAACUUCACAAGAUAAAAUAAGCGGAGUCUUGGUAACUGUUUUAUACGUAUUUUAUAAUUUCGGAAGUAUUGUAUAGUUGACGAAUAUUUUUUAAACUAACCAUUUAUUUCUGGGGAUCGUAAAUAAUUAAUUAUUGGUAUCAAGACAUCACGAUGAACGUAAAAUUGAACAUGUCACGGCAGCGAGAAAACUGGUGCGUAUACCAAUAAACUGGUAUUAGAACUGGACAAAACUGGUACACGGGAGGUGGAGCUUUUAUUUUUUUCCGCUACGCUCGCUUCUAUUGGCUGGCUGCUGAUGGAAGGUCACGAGUCUGGGCGGAGCAUUGAGUGAGUUAUACUGCGCAAUGACAAUGACAUUUCUCCGCGUAAGGCACGCUAUUGACGGUAAAUUUCCAUCAAUUUGCGGCCUUUUUUUUUUUUUUUUUUAAAAAAACAUUUUUACUGUGACGCAAUGUGUAUGUAGCCCGUAUUUGUUGUGAACGCUGCAGAUUGCAACUGUAUUUUAAUAAACUUUAACAUAUUUCUUACACUUUUCAUAAUUUGUUUAAAUAUUUUUUGCCUCAUUUUUCACGGUUUCUGAAAAUCUGUAUGUACGACCGAGGUGUGCAUAUGAACCGGGGGCCGUACGAGCGAGGUUUUACUGUACCACUUUUUCGGGGCUGGAAAAAUUAGCAACUUUUCUUUUUAAAAAUUUGCAUCUAUUUUUUAAGUUUUAGUAUCUUGUGAAAUUAGCCUUUUUAAUGCAACAUAUUUAAAACUUGUUGAUUACAUUCUAAAUGUUUUAAAAUUAAAUAUUCAGAUACGCAAAUACCUACAAAUAACACUAUAGUUCAGUUUUGUUUAAAUAUAUGCCUUUCUAGAUUAAAAAAUCAAAAAUACUAGUGCUGAUUUUACUUAAAAAGUUGUUAGUGCAAUCUGCUAACAGAAAUAAGUCAAAGAUUUAAUUUAAAUAAAUUCCAAAAUCAAGAUUAAUUGGGUUGGGCUUAUUAGGGAUGGGCUGGUCAAAUCCUUGAAUCUCACCAAAUCUCCAGUAUUUGAAAGAUUCAGGAUUCGAGAAAAAAGAUUUGAGGUAAAUAUUCUAAGAAAAACAUUGAAGUAAAAAUAGUAAAUUAAAAAAUUCAACACUUGCAAACUCUUAAGUUUACUAGGCUUGUUUGUGUUUAUCUUUGUACUUAUUCUAAUACUGUUCCCUAA